AUGGAACGUAAGGCUAGUACUGCGCGAAGUGACCUAGAGCAGCUGUUAGUCGAUGAAACUGCAGAGCCCAAGGCGCUGCCAUUAUCACUUUUGGAGGACAUCACAGGUGAUUUUUCAGCUGACCAAGAGAUUGGAAGAGGUGGAUUUGCAGUGGUUUAUAAGGGAAUACUUGGCGAUAGGGCUGUCGCUGUGAAGAGACUGUCCAACGCUCUCAUGGAUGAAACGAAAUUCCACAGAGAGGUUGAAUGCCUGAUGCAGGUAAAGCACAAAAAUGUUGUAAGAUUCCUUGGAUAUUGUGCCGACAGGCAAGGAAAUAUGGAAAGGUACAAUGGGAAAUUGGUCAUGGCAGAUGUCCACCAAAGAUUACUUUGCUUCGAGUAUAUAACUAAAGGGGGUCUUGAUAAGUAUAUCAUCGGUACGACCAUGUGGCCUCUAACUUUUAUAUUUGUUUUGUCUUUUAUACUGCAAAAUGUAUCUAGUCAACAUACGCGUCAGAUACAACUAUAUCUAGUUAAAGUUGAGUCAAUUAAUUUAAAUUGGAAGGAGUAUUAUAAUAAGUGUUUAUGCUCUCCCUUUGUAGAUACACAUCGUGAGUGGAGAAUGUGCUAUACAAUAAUCAUAGGGAUUUGUGAGGGUCUACAGUACCUUCAUGAAAAUCAUAUUGUUCAUUUGGAUCUCAAACCUGCCAAUAUACUCCUCGACAAUAAUAUGAUACCAAAAAUUACGGAUUUUGGACUAUCAAGAUGCUUCGACGAAAAUCAGAGCCAGGAUAUUACCAAAAGUGUACUAGGAACGAUUGGUUAUAUGGCAUUAGAACUUCGUCAAGGGGGUGUAAUCGCACGCAGCUCUGACUUGUUUAGUCUUGGUGUUAUUAUCAUCGAAAUACUGACCGGACAGAAGGGGUAUCAAGCUACUGAGGAUGUACUUGAAAGUUGGAGUGAUAGGCUGGAGGGAUCAGAACGAGACGCACUACUUGAACAAAUACGAGUAUGCUACGAGACAGCUUUAGAGUGCAUAGACUUCAAUCCAAAGAAGAGACCACCUAGUGCACAAAAUAUAAUUGAUAGGCUUCAUCUAAUGGAAAGUAUUCCGAUAGAGAGGCCGGACAUUACUUUGUGGUUUUGUCCCGUGGACAUCAUGUUCCACCACUCCGGGAAUGAGUGGUCCGCCAAAAUGUUUGUGUGA